AGGCUUUUCCAAGAAUUUGAUAAGAAGUGGAGCAAAGAUGGAAGUUCGAAUUGUGUCAAGAGAAAUCAUAAAACCAUCUUCACCAUCAACCCAAUAUCAAAAACCCUACAAACUCUGCCUUUUCGACCAGCUUACUCCUUUAACUUAUUCACCAGUUAUCUUCUUCUACCCCAUCCAUAAUCUUUCUUAUUCCACCAUAGCCUUGUCUCACCUAAAGAGUUCUCUCUCUGAGACCCUUAAUCUUUAUUAUCCUUUUUCUGGAAGGAUUAUUGAUAACCUCUAUAUUGAUCGUUUCAAUGAAGGUGUUCCAUUCUUGGAAGCCCUAGUUAAUUGUCGCAUGUCUGAGUUCCUUAGACACCAUGAGAUUGAGUCUUUGAACCAUUUUCUUCCAUGCCAGCCCUUUACCAAGCAAACAGACAUGAACGUACCUCUAUUGGCCGUCCAGGUCACCAUAUUUAAUUGUGGAGGUUUAGCAAUAGCUAUGUGUGGGUCGCACAAGCUCUUCGAUGGACCUACUGGUAGGGCUUUUCUCACUACUUUGGCUUCUGUGUCCCGUGGAAAUCUUAACGAUGUUAUCCUUCCAAAUCUCAACGAGGCAUCUCUGUUCUUUCCAUCAACAACUAAAUUUCCACAAAAGCACUUGUCUCUCUUUGAAAGCUUGUGGUUCAUAGAAGGUAGCUAUGUUACAAGGAGAUUUGUGUUUGAUGCCAAAGCAAUAGCUACCCUAAGAGCUCAGGUAGAAGGCAAGCUUGAGAAUAGGCCGUCACGCAUUGAGACAUUAUCUUGUUUCAUUUGGAAAUGUUGUAUGGCAGCAUCAAAGGCAGUAUCUGGCUCACCAAAACCAUCCAUUUUGGUUGAAGCAGUGAAUCUCCGGCCACAAACUAAGCCACCCAUGUCUAAUGCUUCUCUUGGGAAUAUCUUUUGGUGGGCUGCAGCAGUUGCUCACCCUUCCGACACAAACACAGAGAUGCAUGAACUCAUGAAGCUAUUGAGUGAAGCUAUUGAGCUGUAUAAGAGUGAUUUCACGCAUACUCUACAAGGUGAUGGUGGGCUUGAAACCAUGUCUGAGCAUUGCAACCAGCUAGAAGAGUUAUUUUCCUUGGAGAAACCAGAUAUAUUUGCAUUUACAACUUGGUGUUAUCUUGGUUUCACAAAGCUUAAUUUUGGAUGGGGAGAGCCUUAUUGGUUUGGUUUCUUGGGGAAAGUUGGCCCAGCAUUUAGAAACCUCACUAUGUUCAUUGAAACCAAAGAUGGUAAAGGGAUCGAGGCAUGGAUCACCUUAGAUAAAGAAAGAAUGGCUAUAGUAGAAAAUGAUCCUGAAUUCCUGGCUUUUGCUUCUCCAAAUCCAAGGAUUUCAAGCCUGUAACCAUUGUUCUUCAAGCCAUUGCAGCAAAUAAAGUCGGAAAAUUAUAUAAGAUUUUCCUUGUGUUUUCAAGCCUGUUUGUGUGUUAAGUUGGUUUAAUUAUUCUAGCUAGCCAGUGAGCUUUAACGAUCAUCAAAUCAAGUGAAGAUCUAGAGCUAGAGCGUGAUAUUGGUUUCUCGUCCUUCUCCCUGUGUUACAACCCUGGUUUGGGUAUUGUUAUGUGUUCCUUUGUAUGAGAAGACUAACUACUUUGCUAUUAAGCUAUUUUAUAAUUGUUUUUUUAA